CUCUGCCUCGUAGUUUAAAGACUUGAGACACAUUUUUUUAAACAUACGCGACAAAAUAUAAAAAUAAAUCCUGUAACCACUCUUAUACCUGCCCCUGAUUGCUUAUAAGGGCAUUUUCUACAGCUGAGUUAAGCACUGUCAAAAGGAAAACGUAUUACUAAAACUAUUGUCAGUCACUGUGGAGUGAGGUCAGGGGGUUAAACUCAGGCCUGACUAAACAAUGUCUUCGUAUCUGCAGAGUAAUGUCUGUUAUCACAGUGAGUACAUAGCUGUAUUAUCUGAUGAGAUGUUGGGCUCUGAUGACUGCACCUUGGCCUUGGAUGGUCUGUUUUUUGACAAACCCGCUGUCCAUGAAGUAAAACCACUGCACCAGGAGGUCAGUCCAUGGCAGCUGGAAGAGCCUCCAUCUCUUACACAUAUUCCAGCCACUCAGGAUAUACAAGAGGAGGCUGAAUCGCUCUCUACACGAUACAGUUUCUCAGAGGCAACCCAUAAGUUUCAGCCUCUUUUUAAAGGAUCUGCUGGCCUUAAGGUGCUACCUUCAACAAUCAGCAGUUCCUGCAGUUUUAACAGUGAUAAGAAAGAGACUGAGAAGACUAACGGAGGUAGCAGCAGCAGCACCAGCCAAUGCGAUGGCCUCCAGGGAGGUGAAGGAUUCAGGGAUUACUCUCAGGGUGGCUGUCAGAGUGGCAGAGGUGGCGAUGAAACCCUGCAGGACUCUGGUCAUGUGGGCCUCAGCAGAUGGUUGUCUCAGGACUGCAGCAAAAGCCUGCCUCUACGGACAAGCUUGUUCAAUAUUGAGGUGUAUACCAGUGGAGGUGACUCUUUAAACACAGGUGACCUCAGUAGCAGUGGUGGCAGCAAUCAGACAACAUCCAGACCUCAAACUUUUCUCAGUCAGGUUACCAUGGCGACAGCGCCUCCUCCUCCUCCUCCUCUUCCUCUUCAGCCGCCACAGGCGACAGUUGGCCACGCAGCUCCUCCUUUCCCCUCCAAGCCCACCCUCUCACCCCCUCCCAUGGGUUCAUCUGCAGCGAGUGGCCGACCCCCGCAGCAGGCGGCACUCGCAGAGACGCAGGACAAGGGCACAAAGAAAGGUUUCGUUCCGCCCAUGACGCCUCGGCCGCUCCUAAUCCAAGGAUCUUCUGGAUCUGGAGUUUUGCGCCCAGUUUCAGAAAUACCAUUUAAGUUCAGAUCUGUCUUCAGUGAGUUUCCCUUUUUCAAUUACGUUCAGUCCAAAGCUCUGGAUGACGUUCUUUACACAAAUAAAAACUUUGUGGCCUGUGCUCCGACUGGAUCUGGUAAAACAGUGCUGUUCGAGCUGGCAAUCAUUCGCCUGCUAAUGGAGACACCAGAGCCCUGGAGAGAUGUCAAAGCUGUAUAUAUGGCCCCUAUCAAAGCUCUCUGCAGUCAGUGCUUUGAGAGCUGGAAAAAGAAGUUUAGUCCUCUAGGGCUGACCUGCAAGGAGCUGACUGGUGACACAGAGAUCGAUGACUUCUUUGAGAUUCAGGACUCCCACAUCAUCCUGACCACACCUGAAAAGUGGGACAGCAUGACCAGAAAGUGGAAGGAUAACUGUUUGCUGCAGCUAGUUAGGCUCUUCCUUAUCGACGAGGUGCAUGUCGUGAAGGAUGCAACCCGCGGUGCCACGUUGGAAGUGGUGGUGAGCAGGAUGAAGGCAGUACACACCUUCAGGACUUCACAGUAUCCAGAGGCCAGCCUCUCUAUGAGAGUUGUGGCUGUGUCUGCUACCAUACCCAAUGUAUCUGAUAUAGCAGACUGGCUGUCAAAUGAGAACGGCCCGGCCAUAUAUCUGGAUAUGGAUGAGAGCUACCGUCCGGUGAAGCUAAGGAAGGUGGUGCUGGGAUUCCCCUGUGGUCCAAAUCAAACUGAGUUCAAGUUUGAUUUGUCACUUAACUACAAGAUCGCCAACAUCAUACAGACGUACGCUGAGCAGAAGCCUGCACUUGUGUUUUGCUCUACAAGGAAAGGAACUCAGCAGUCAGCCGCAGUUCUGGCUAAGGAUGCUCGAUUCAUCAUGAGCAUCGAGCACAAGCAAAGGUUGAUGAAAUAUGCAAACUCCGUUCUCGAUUCUAAACUGAGAGAUUUGGUGGCGUUAGGAGUCGGCUACCAUCACGCAGGAGUUGACUUGUCUGAUCGGAAGUUGAUAGAAGAAGCCUUCACUCUGGGAGACCUGCCUGUCCUCUUUACCACCAGGACUUUAUCCAUGGGGGUAAACCUACCAGCUCACCUGGUGGUGAUCAAAUCCACCAUGCAGUAUGUUGCAGGCUCCUGUCAGGAGUACAGCGAGGCAGAUCUGCUCCAGAUGAUAGGCCGUGCUGGAAGACCACAGUUUGACACAUCUGCUACUGCUGUGAUCAUGACCAAGAUUCAAACCAGAGAGAAGUACCUGAAGCUUAUGAAUGGGAUAGAAGUCAUUGAGAGCAGCUUACACAGCCACCUGGUGGAGCACUUGAAUGCUGAGAUUGUUCUCCAGACUAUCAGUGAUGUCAAAAUGGCUUUGGACUGGAUUCGCUCCACCUUCCUUUACAUCAGAGCCCUCAAGAACCCCACACACUAUGGAUUCUCUGCCGACCUAGACAGAUGUGGAAUUGAAGCAAAAUUGCAAGAACUGUGUCUGAAGAAUCUCAACUCUCUGUCCUCUGUUGGUCUGAUCUCUAUGGAUGAGGAUAUCACCAUCAAACCGACAGAGGCUGGCAGGUUGAUGGCUAGGUACUGCAUUGCCUUUGACACCAUGAAACAGUUCAGUAAAGUGUCUGGGACUGAAAACCUGUCUGAUCUGAUUGAGCUGCUGUCAAAGAGCAGAGAGUUCAGUGACAUCCAGCUGAGAAUGAAUGAGAAAAGGUCCUUGAAUGGUUUGAACAGGGACAAAAACAGAGUCACCAUCAGGUAUCCCAUUGACGGAAAGAUCAAAACCAGUGAGAUGAAAGUAAACUGUUUGAUUCAGGCUCAGUUAAGCUCCAUCCCAGUUCAAGAUUUUGGACUUACACAGGACACAGCAAAGAUCUUCAGGAUUGGCAUGCGCAUCAGCAGAUGUCUGUCUGAGUUUCUGAGUCAGCGGGUCAAGGCUGUUUUUUCUGCUGUAGUCAACUCCCUGAUCCUGGCUAAGUGCUUCAGAGCAAAGCUUUGGGAAAACUCACCCUAUGUUUCCAAACAGCUGGAAAAGAUAGGCCAAACUCUGUCAACUGCCAUGGUGCAUGCUGGACUCACCACAUUCAGCAAAAUAGAGCAAAUCAACGCCAGAGAGCUUGAGCUGAUUCUCAAUAGGCAUCCGCCAUUUGGAAACCAAAUCAGAGAGUCUGUCAUACACCUCCCAAAGUAUGACGUAAUGCUGGAGCAGCUUCCAAGGUACAGCAGCACCACAGCAGAGAUUGUGCUUAAAGUGAGCCUCAAAAACCAAGCACAGCUGCUGACCAGGAGAGCAGCUCAAGACCACCAUCAUGCCUCCGUCGUCAUCGGAGACGCUGAUAACAAUGUCGUCUUUCUGCAGAAACUCACGGACGUAAUGCUGCUGAAGGGUGGUAGCUGGUCAAAGAAGAUUGACGUGGCGAAGGCUAUGAAAGGAGAUGAGAUCAGUGUGCAUCUUAUCAGUUCAGAAUAUGUGGGUCUGGACAUCCAGCAGAAGUUCACAGUGUACUACUCUGCAGCUCGAAGAUUUGGGACUGAAAAUCCACACAACACAACGCAGGAUGCCAGGAGACCGCAAUCGGUGCUGAAACCACUAUUAACAAAUCAGGCUGCAACUCACAGGGAGAACGGCACAUCUGUGGGAGAAGAGGGCAGUUGUAGCUUUGAUUUAGGCAAUAAAAGACUUUGCAACCACUUCUGCAAGAACAAGGCUUUCUGUGCCCAUGACUGUUGUAAAGUAGGUGUUACUGUGACAAGAAAGAGGUCAGCAAACCAAGAAACCAGUUUCACUUCAUAUUUGAAAGACCUGAGGAGCCGAUGUGACACAUUUGCGCCGACCCCUGUUAAGCGACUCAAAAUGAGAAUGGCUGAGGAGCCUGUGUCGCUCAGCAUGCAAAGGUUUGCUUACAAACCCAAAGAGAUGCUACCACCCCCUUCCUGGAAUAAAGAAAAUCUCUGUAAAGCUUCAGUGAGACCUCAGUCUGGGACUGACUUGGCAAGUGAAGCUCAACUACCUGACGUAGAAAGCCUGAAUGACCUUGACGGAGAUUAUGAUGACUAUUAUGUGGAGGACGUGUACACAACGAUGGGAGGGCCUUCCCAAAACGUUGCUGCAGCUCAUCCUCACCAUCAAAGUUCCUCGGUGUGGAUGACCACAGAUAUGAGUGUUGGGAGUCAGGACUCUCAACAGGAUCUAAAUCAGAUCAAUACAACAAGCACGGGUCACUCAAAGAGCUCCACCGCACUGCCAGAACAGGCUGCUCUCUGCAAAAAUACUUCAUCCCUCCAGAUACCGACUGUCAACUUUGACCUUGGAAACGAGUGGGAUGACUGGGGCGAUUUUGAUGAUGAUAAUCUGAUGCAUGCCAGCGAGCCAGCACUGACUUCAUACAUGACUGCACAACCUCAAAUUCAGCAGUGUGAUGAAAACCGCACACCAGGCUAUGUUACAGCUUCAGCCCCAGUAUUACUCAGCCACUCACACAUCAAACCUUCUAUAACCGCUGUGACAACACCACUGAGGUUGACUUUAACAAAUGUCAGUCCUGAAAUCAAAAAAGCGGGACCCUCACCAGUCAGCCGGACAUUCACACCACAGAAGAGAAUCACACCCAAGUGGAAUCCAAAAGUGCAUAGGCCAAAUAUUUUCAGUGAGGAAACCACUAUAAAAACAUCAUUAGAACUUCUAAAACAGCCUGAGGAGGCAAAAGUGACUAGGAGAUUGGAUUUCUUUUCAGCAUUGAGUGCCCCACCCAACGCCAGCUCAUCUCUCAAUAGAAGCAGCAAAGAGGAAGAUGCUUUUGUUGGCAUUUUUGAUGGAAUAUUUUAGAAGUACUGGUGGACACACUCUGAUAUAAACAUGUCCCUAAUGUAAGGUUCUUUCUGUUUCCUGUGAGAUUUUCACCUCGAGUUAUAGAUUGUUGCAAAUUCAUUCUUAUUUUGUAUUGUAAAUGAAACAAGUUCAAAAGGGUUUUUUGAUGUGAUUGUAUUUAUGUGCGCUGUUUACUUAAUAAAGCCUGCGUUCACUGGAGGA